AGGGCGCGCGGAGAUCAAUACACUAAUUAACCAAUACCCUGUGAGCGCACGUGAAAAUCUAUAUAACCGCAUCUCUAUCACCAGGUGGCUUUUCAAGUGUGUCUCUCUAUGCGCUUGUCUCUCGCUUGCGUAUGCGCGCGUAAGGUGUUUUAGGAGCGAUCAAACAAAAGUGCAGAGCGGUCAGAGCGACAGUUCAGUAUAUUCAGUGCAGGAUUAGUUUAAACUUUGUUUUGCUGUGGAAUCGUCUGGAUCCGCACCCUAAACUCGCGUCCCCAAACAGAAGAGACUAGAGAGACCCCCAAAUGGGAUCUGUUCUGGAUUGAAUUAAAUUUCUGUCUAAAGUAAAAGGGGGGAAUAAUUCCAGUCGGAGGAGAUUACAAGUGUUUUUCCCCUAAAAGAUAAUUGUACUUCAAAUAGCAUUUGUAUUGACCAGCUCGUGUGACUCUCUUUUAUGAAAUUCAAACUCCUGCAUUGGUGCUGUUUCCCACCAGGAGUUUUGUUUGUAUAAUCAGAACUCGAGAAAGCAGAGGUGAUGUUUGUGUUGAAAGCUGUGGUGUGUUUUGGAGCGGUGCUUUGUGUAGUGUUCGGUGGGGCUGGGGCUCAAUCGUGCCCGUCUCAGUGCUCCUGCAGCGGGACAGCGGUGGACUGCCACGGUCAGAGACUGCGGAGCGUGCCACGGAAUAUUCCCCGCAACACUGAACGACUUGACCUGAAUGCAAAUAAUCUGACUAAAAUCACGAAGGCAGAUUUUGCGGGACUGCGGAACCUCAGAGUUCUGCAGUUGACGGAGAACAAGAUUAGUUCUAUAGAGAGAGGGGCAUUUCAGGACCUGAAAGAGCUGGAAAGACUGCGUCUCAACAGGAAUAAUCUUCAGGUUCUUCCGGAGUUGCUGUUUCUGGGCACAACCAAACUGUUCAGACUGUAA